UGUCCAGAUGCGAGGUCUGAGUUACAGACAACUCGCUUUCAGAGAGGACUGUCACUUCUUGGAUCUGUACGUCCAACACCACAGCAGAGAUGAAUGCAAAAUACAUAAUGGCUCUGGUCCUCGCCCUGCAGGUCUCCAUGAGCCUGUGUGAGGCUCCUACACCGUCGGACGAGCUCGCCAACAAGUACCAAGAACUGAAAACUAAGUUCUUCAGUAGGUUUAUCAACGCUUACAACAAGAUGCAGGAAGCUGCCGCCCCUCUGGUGGAGAAGGUUGAAGGUAACGAGCACGGACAGGCCGUCAAGACCUACCUCGAGGAUCUGCAGGCCAGCCCUAGGUUGCAGGCCUUUGUCAAGAUUGCCAAAGGUCUGGGUCAGGAGGCCGUCCCACUGGUAGAUACUGCCCGUGCGUCAGCUCUCGGUGCAUAUGAGCAAAACCUGCGUCCCCAUGUUGGCCCGUACCUGAACGACUUCAUCAACUACAUCAAGGGAUACCUGGACAUCCUCAUGCCUGCCGAGUAAAGGAGACCGACCGGAUCAGGCCUCAACUCUGCUGCAACCUGCUAUAGAUGAUAGCUCAUAUAGAAACUACAGCAGUUAAGGGCUGAGAAGAGCGAUGCACAAUUUGAAAUACAGUCCUUGUCUUUUUUUUGGGUGGUGGUUGGGGGAUUGGUUAUUUAGCCUCCUUUUAUUCAAUAUCUUUGCCAAAUCAAAGCAGGGCAUCAUGGCACCACCUAUGCAAGUUGUGCAUGUACAGUAUUUUGUGUUUCGUACACUAACCAUUAAAGUCGUCUGUGUGUGACUGUGUAUGUACAGCAUGUGUGUGUGUGUGUGUGUGUGAAUGUGUUCAAUAAAGACAAGUGGAAACUA